CUUCUGAGGCAACCUAGCUAAAACUCUACUCCUAUCAGUCUAUCACUUUUGAGGGGAGGAAUCUUUUGCCAAACAAACUCUUUCACAAAAGCAGAGGAGAGGACACAUUUCUCUUCAUUUACCGAAUAUUCACUACAAUGAACCUUCCAUCCAUAUUCACUACCAUGUUCAACCUCUUCUGUUUCUUCUUGCUAACCACUCUGCCCCCAUCCCAUUCUCAUCAACCACCACCACCGCCACCUUCACCGGUUUCCAAUUACUCGCUUUGUGAGGUCGAGACAUACAAUUGUGGCAACCUCACUGGCAUUUCUUAUCCUUUCUGGGGACAGAACCGACCUUCUUAUUGUGGCGGUGGCAACAUGUUCAACCUCACAUGCCACCAUGAUCUUAACACUACUACAGUUCUAAUUGGCUCCCAAAAUUUCACAGUACUCGGUAUUCAGCCCCACAAUUACACUAUGACAUUGAAACCAACAGACCUUAAUGUCUGUUCUCCGCAGCAGUUUGACGACACUUAUUUGAUUCGGGAUCUGUUCGAGUAUCCCACAACAAGCGUGUCCAACAUCACCAUAUUCUACAACUGUUCAUAUUCUGGAGAAAACUUCUUUUCGUGCGGCGGCGGACAACAACAACAGCAGCAGCAGCAUGCUUUCAGUCAUGUAGGCGUGGAUGAUGUGGAGUUGAAAAAACUAUCAGUUCUUUAUCGAUGCGAGAGACAUGUGAAUGUUCCGGUGGUAGGCAUUUCCAUGGUGCAUUAUAAAGGUAUAAUUGACCGUGAUGGUCUGGAACGAGUAUUGAACGAGGGGUUUCAGGUGAAAUAUGAUGUCAGUCAGAGCUGCAUCUAUUGCCUGGGAAAGGAGGAGAAAUAUUGCCCCUGGAGAAGCAAUGGUGUCGAUUUCGAUAAACAAGUGGUUUCUAAAUGCUAUUAUUGCUCCAAUGGACCUUAUGUCCCAUACUGUAGUAUGUUCUUCAUUUUCCCUCUUCUCAUAGCUUAUAUAAUAUAGCUAAUUCCCU